AUGGACCAAGACCGUGACCAUGUGGAGAGGACCUCAUGGACACAGAAGCAGAGGGAGACCAAAGGCAAGGUGGAAGGACGAGAUAGAGACCGUUGCAACACGCAAUUGGUACAACCUCGCAAGGAAUCGCGACAAGUGGCAAUCUCUGUAGGAGGCCUUCACCCAGAGAGGGAGCACGUAAAGCCGUCGGUCCUGCGCCGACACUCUCACCGGUCGUGUCGAGCAGUCGUCCCACCGGAGUAUGAGAGUGACAGGAAUAGAGAGUGCACGUUGUGUCUGCGCGUACACGCGCUGCACUAUAAUAUCUCCUGCAGUUGGCUAGUCUCAAUGAGAUUGGCCGCCGUGGCCGGAAUCGAGAUCAGGCGCAACACCUACCGAUGGCUUUACAUGCUCUGCCUCAGCAGAGUGGUGAAACAGUUCCCACUACCCAAAUCCGGACUAUUACUGAGAAUUUCUGGACAGAAAAGCUCAAGAACUAUCCUUGGUUCGACCCGGAACUCGAACCCAGGACCUCCUGAUCUGCAGCCGUACAUGCUAACAACUAGACCACCAAUGCAAUCAAAUAGUCUCUGCCCGAUGCACGGAGGCAAUUACGAAAUAUUUGCGUGCGUU